AUGGCGCUGUGCAUACUGGCGCUCCUAGCGGCCUCCACCUUCUCCUUGCACUGCAGCGCCAAAUUUCUUUACGACCCUCCUCCGGGCUUCACGGCGCCUCCCGAUACCGUGCCGCUCCUUCCCCCUCCCGGGCCCAAGCUGCCCGACCCAGACGUCGGUACCAUCUCGAGCCUCGCUGACGUGUGCAAGGUCUGCACUUCGAAACCGUACACGCAAGACUGCAUGGGCGACUUCACCGCGCGCUGCCUCAAAGCGCAGAAGAUAUACCGCGAGAAAAUCCUCGGCAUUCCCGAUAACAUCUGCCAUUGCUACCAGGCUAUAGGCACCGAACUUCUCGAUUCGUGCCCUGGGGCCGUGAAGCAGCUCGCAUGGCUCGGCAAUUGCGAUAACUUCUGCUACUAUGGCGUGCGCUGCCCGAUCAUUUUCGCGCUCUACAGUCUCGCGUCGCCCAAGUACGCUCGCCUCGCGCACGACAACAACCCCAACGCGCCGCAGCCGGCGGCACGCGGGUCCGCGCUCGUCGUCCUCAAAUUCCGCAUCGACCAGGCAGUCGGGCACGAUAUCUGCUACCGGUUCUACCCGUCGGACGACUUGCCGGCCGUCCAAUCCGUCGUGCUCUACCACGCGACGAUCGCGCAGACCGGAACGGCUUUGGUGAAGCUAAUGGCUUCUGGAAGCAGCCCUGCUAAGGCGUGCAUUUCCGUGCAGCACACUUUAAUCAAGGCUCUCAACGACAACUCGACGUCGUUCUACGUGCAAGUUAACACCGCCGGCGGCGUCGUUCGCGGGCAGCUGGUCGCGACGCCACGGCUCAUGACCGCCGCCACGUCAACCGACGCCGGCGCGCGCUGCGGCGGAAAGCUCUGCAUGGCCGUCGCUGACAUGGCGUUUUCGCUCUAUUCCGCUAAGUACCAGCUUAACUUCUCUCGUGCCGUCGGCCCUCGCAUCGCCGCGAACCUCGUCGCUGGUAGUAAGGGUCAGAAGGGAGGAGAUUACCUCGUCAGCUUCUACGGGCCCGGAAAAGCCGCAGUCAGCGACAUGAACUCCGUGACUCCUGAUCCCAAUGCCAUUCUCGAUGUCCUCACAGACCCUCCCGCGCAUUACCUGAAUGUCUCCACCAACGGUCAGCCGUCGGGAGCGCUUCGCGGCCAGCUGUCGGAUUCGCUGACGGUUUUCGCCGUGCUGUAUGGUUACCAGGUGCAGCCGCCGUCGGGGAUUUCGGGAACGGGGGUUUUCCUCGCACAGAUCGGCGGAGGAGGCAUCUGCUACGAGUUUCAGUUCCUUAACGUGCCGGUGCAGCCGACGUACGCUUAUCUCCAUCGCGCCACGUACUCGUCGCGCGGCCCAAUCGUGCUGUCUACGACCCUCGAGAUUAGCAACAAGAUGAAGUGCUUGCAGGCCGAUACGGAGCAGACGGGCUCGAUCAUUACAAACGCGGGAGAGUACUACGUGCAGGUGUACACGGAAAAGUUCAACAAGGGGCUGCUUCGCGGACAGCUGUACGUCGCUCCCGCUCAGGUUCUGCAAUAA